AUCUCAACCCCACUGCCUCAUUUCUCUCUCCUCCCUUCUGCCUUCUUCCUCGCAGCAACCGCAAGUGCAAGCUAGACGUGAGCAUCGUGGUAGUCUCCCCAGAUGCCCCCAAGUCAGCAACUCUCUCCGUCUCUGACCCUGCUUCUGCUGAAACCACCGACCUUAACCUUUCUUGCACAUGGUCCCAGCCCCGCCCCGGCGUGUGGCUCUGCGAGUGGCUUGAUAACUUUCCGAGUGUGUCGGGUGCUGCUGGCACUGCAAACGCUGCAUAUGCGGCUGCUGCCAGCAUGCGUGCUGCGGCCCUGCCAGGCUCGGCAGUGGAUUCGGUGAUUAAGCUGACUGUGGAGUCGGAAGCGGGGGACACUGCUGAAGGCACGCUGCGUUAUGCUCUCUGA